AAACGUGUCGUGGUUUACUUUAACUGCACGUCUCUUAGCCUGCUGGACUAUGUGUAGACCUUAACCUAAAAGCAGUGACAGUAUGGCUUACAGUGCGAAGAUCGGUCCGUCCAUCCUGAGCAGUGACUUGUCAUGUCUGGGCAGCGAGUGUGUGCGGAUGAUGGAGUGUGGAGCAGAUUACCUGCACCUCGACGUUAUGGAUGGGCACUUUGUCCCCAAUAUCACAUUUGGCCAUCCCAUGGUGGAGUGCCUGAGGAAGUCAGUAGGUCAAGACCCUUUCUUUGACAUGCACAUGAUGGUGUCUCGACCAGAACAGUGGGUGAAGCCCAUGGCUGCAGCAGGAGCCAGCCAGUACACCUUCCACUUGGAGGCCACCACCAACCCUGGAAACCUCAUUAAGGAGAUAAAAGAGAGUGGCAUGAAGGUGGGUUUGGCCAUAAAGCCUGGUACUACAGUUGAAGAGUUGGCACCAUGGGCUAACCAGAUUGACAUGGCUCUGGUCAUGACCGUUGAGCCUGGAUUUGGAGGACAGAAGUUCAUGGAAGACAUGAUGCCCAAGGUAAGCUGGCUGCGGAGUCAGUUCCCUUCAUUAGAUAUUGAAGUAGAUGGAGGUGUCGGCCCCGACACUAUUCACAAGUGUGCAGAGGCCGGUGCUAACAUGAUUGUGUCGGGCAGUGCUGUGAUUGGCAGCGAAGACCCUCGUUCUGUCAUCGCACUCCUGCGCACAGCGGUGGCCGAAGCUAUCCAGAAACGCUCGCUGGACCGCUGACAUCAAAGUCCCCGCAGUUCCUUUCCAUCUGCCUGUCCAAAGCAGCCAGUGGAGACGACUCAGUAUGGACAUUUCUGGGGUAGAGGUUGAGGGUCACGGUUGGAACGGGGGGUUUUGGAGGUGGUGUUCACUGACGGCCAAAUGCCGAGUCAUCGUGCCUCUUUAAACUUGGUCUUCUCCUGCCACCUUCUCCUUUCUGAACAGACUUAAACUGAGUCUCAUAUUGGCAUAGGAGCAAAGUUUUCACAGAAAAACUAAACAUUCCUGAGCUUUAUCCUAAACAUAAAAUCAUUUAUAGAAAUAAACUGGCCCAAGAAACACUUUUAGUUUGCCUUCAGUUGUGAAACCCCCCCACACACACACCUUUUUUUUUUUUUUUCGUUUGUCUCAACUCAUUUAUUGUUGAAAUCAUAAGCUACUUACUGUACUACUGAGCAGAUACUAUUAAAUUCUAUAAGAUCUGGUUUUUGCAGAUGAAAAGUCUCAA